GAUAAGCCAUCGAGCUUGCGCUCGACUAUUGUCUUCCAUCGACUGCUGCACUAUUACGACGACUUCAAUACUUUUGCCGCUUCUUUGGGAGUCAUGUCGCUGGCAGCCAUGGUCUUCGGCGUGCUCCAAGCCGAAGACAUGGGGGUACGCUCGCAGAUAGCGGCUAGGUUGCUUAUUAGCGCCACGAUAACCUCUAUCACCGCCAUUACCUCUGCUACGAUGCUCCAAUUUACAUUCGAAGGCUGCAAGCAGCCAAGCCGCGUGGGGAAAAUCCUGGCCUGGACUCCAUUGGCUAUGCUUAAUCUUGUCAUUAUCGAGUUCUCAGCCGGCCUCAUCUUGUGGUACACCGACAAGUAUCCCACCUGGAUUACCACGUCGGUUGGCGUGGAGUUCUCCGUCCUGUUCGGGGGACUCAUCAUCAUGGCCAUUUGG